AUGUCUACAAAUGAUUUAGAUACAUUUUUUGUUGCUUAUCGAGUUCAACUGUACAUAGCCAUAAUUGCUCUAAUUAUUAAUUUAAUUAUAUGUAUUUACUCGUUUUGUGUUUUUGAUUGUUUUAAUCCCCACACAACAAUGUGGAGAACACAAUUAAUUUUGGAUAUUUGUAUAGCUAUUGGCUAUAUUUUGGAUUCUUGUUCUUUUAUUAGUUUAGAAAAUUCUUUAUCAUCAUUAACUAAUAAUAAUUAUUUAAUAUCACAACCACAACAACCCCAACCAACAACAAAUAUUUCUUCUUCAUUAGACCAAUUAAUUAAAUUAACAAAUAAUACAGUAACUGACUGUAACAACAAAAAACCCCAUUUAUUUCUUUUAUUAGCAUGUCGUCAAUGGGCAGCUGUUUUAGUUUUUAUUAUGGGUUUAGAACGUGUUUUAUUUUUAUGUUAUCCACUUUGGUUUAGAUCUAUUAGAGUGAGGAAAAGUCCAAUCAACACAUUUGUUCUUUUCUUUGUUCUCUUCUCGGCAGGUAUUGCCUACACAAAUGUUUCCAUGGUUUGUCCCUACGAGCCAACUCAUUUUACUUGUGAACUUACCUGGGCAUUCGGAAUAGAUUAUGGAUAUCUUUCGAAUGGAAUAAUUAUUUUGUCUCAAUUGUUUGGAUUUGUAUUUCUUGUUAUUGCUGCUUAUUUUGUUCACAGACUUGAUUGGCCGUUAAGGAGAUUUGGGGGAAAUAGAAAUAAAGUUAUUAGUGAAAAAAGAAAAAUUAGGUUAAUUUUAAAUAAUUUUUAG